AUGACAGGCGAAGCCACAGAUUCAGCUCAACGAGUGGCUAUAUCAGGUUCAUCAAGCUCGGCAGGUAAUAAUGGACAAGGUAUUGACUAUAAUCAUCCCUUAUUCCUUAGUCCUACGGAUGUGAGUGGUAUUAGCAUCAUAUCGUUCCAGUUGCAAGACAUUGAAAACUAUAACUUGUGGAAUCGAUCAAUCAAACUAGCUUUGCUAGGUAGAAACAAAUUAGGACUUGUGGAUGUAAUGAAGAGCCUGCUUAGUGGAAUUGCAUUUGCGUCAAAUGCUUCAAGUGUGUGGUCUGACCUGCUGAAGGCAUUGUGGGAUGAGUUUGAAGUGUUUGUGCCUCCACCGUGUUACAAUUGUGAGAAAUCCAGAGGAUUUGUAGCUCACAUGAAUAGACAAAAGCUGUAUCAAUUUCUAAUGGGAUUGAACGACACAUAUCAUCAAGCUAGGAGUCAGAUUCUCAUGAUAGAUCCUUUACCUACUAUCAAUCAAGCAUAUGCUAUGAUAGUAGGAGAUGAAAGUCAGAAGGCUGUGGUGAUAGGCAUCAACAAUUUGGGACUAUAUUAA